CAAAAUAGUGUUCAAGAUACGGUGGUGGUGCCAAAAAAAAAAAAAAAUUUCUAUAGAGUAUAAUAAAGAGGAUUUUAUUAAUUCCAUUAUAAAAAUUGUAACUAACGAUGGGAGGCCAUUCAAACACUUAGAUAGUGAAGGAUUUAAAGAAAUUGUUGGCCCAAUAUUUGUAGGGUUGGGUAUUUCACCAAUAUCUUCCCAUAACAUCAUGGAGUUUGUUGAUAUUAGACUCCAGUCUAUUAAAGACCAAAUACGAAAAAUGACGAAGGGGAGAAUUUUGUCCCUAAAAAUUGAUUGUGCGACGCGAUUAGACAGAUCAAUUCUUGGGAUAAAUCUCCAAUUUAUUGAACUUAAAAAAGAUUCGUUAAAUAUUUGUGUUAAAACGUUAGGUAUGGUCCAACUUUUUGAGCGUCACACCGGACAACUCAUAAAGGAAAAAAUUUUAGAAAUUCUGUCUGAUUUUCAAAUUGAUAUUAAUCAGAUUUAUAGUAUUACUUCAGACAACGGGAGGAACAUGCUGAAAGCGGUGGAAAUUCUUAAUGAAACUUCCGAGAUGAGUGAAGAGUUAGAUCUAGGGGUAGAGGAAAUUGUAGAUUCCAUUACACUUCCGAAUAUUCAAUCUAUACGUUGUGCGGCUCAUACACUCCAGCUAUGCGUUAAUGACAUAAAUAAAGAUAUCAAUAUUUGUCAGAAAAUUGAAACUGCGAGGAAGUUAUCUCAAAAUCGUUCACAUACUAAGUUUGGUUUUUAUAAUAAAUUAAAGCAUCUUUUAAUGUCUUGUUCUAUGCCCACUAUAUGUAGACGCAUAUUAUUGCAAUCGGAUAAUUGCAUACCUCCACUUGACGUUUCCACCAGGUGGAAUUCAACAUAUCGUAUGUUACAAAAGUUAUUAGAAAUAAAAUCAUUCCUUAUGGAACAACAGAUUUUUGAAGAUACGGUAGAUUGGCAAUGGAUUCAAGAGUACGUCGAAACUUUAAAGCCUAUUUGGAUUGCCACACUUAAAAUGCAAGAAGAACAACUUGUAUUAGGUGUCUUCUUCAAAAUUUGGAUGGAGCUUAAACUGCAUUACGAAAAUGCUUCCAGUGAUCUGAAAAUUAAACUAAAAACAGCAUUAAAUGAAAGAGAAGGUUUGCUUUUAGAAAGUGUACAAAUGUUGAGUGCAAUUUAUUUUGAUCCUCGAAUCAGUUUGAAUAUAACCUCAGUUUCUCAAGAAGCAAAUCCAAGGACAAGCAACGAAAGUCCAAAUACUGCAACAAGUCAAGCCAGCGAUACCGAUAACCCACUUUUAAACUUGUAUUUAAAUAGAAUUGAGCAACAAGAACGGGAAGAAAAUGGAACCAGUGACGUCAGUAUUAACGAAACACUUACAAAAUUAUACGUGGACAUCGAAAAUUUUGAUUCGGUCUACCCUCGUUUGCCUUUGGACACCAACAUUCUUACAUUUUUUCAAAAUCUCAAACUAAAAUCACCUAAUAUUUUUGAGAUCGCUAUGGUUGUACUGGGCGUUCCAGCAACGCAAGUAUCAGUGGAAAGGGCGUUUUCUUCUCUAAGUUUUAUACUUAGUGAAAGAAGAUAUAAUUUAAAUUCAAAAACUCUUGAGAGUUUACUUUUAGUUAGGCUUAAUAAUUAAGAAUUAACUUUUUUUACUUUCAAAAUAAAGAAAAUCAUAUAAUUUAUCAUUUUAACCAUUUUUGAUUUAUUUUCUACGGAAAAGGUUUAAGGUUAACCAUUUCCAUUUAUUUUUAGUUAAAUAAGUCAACAGAUAAGAGAUAUUUGCGAACUUAAAUGAUAAAUCUCACACAAAGACCUAAAAAAUUAAUUUUUAAAAAUAAAUCACAGACCAAGACCAAAAUGAAAUUGGCGAAUUAAAUAAAUCUCAGUGAGAAACCGAUUGAAAAUAAAGGUCAACGGUUAUUUUUGA